AUUUGUAAGACGAUUCUCACUAAUCCAUUUCUAUAUUGCUAUUAUCGUUUUAAAAUGUUAGUAAUUUUACAGUCGUCGUGUCACUCGUGUGUAAUUCGUAUUUCGUACUGUACUCGUCUGUACUGCUGUUGUCCGUAGUGUUUUCGUUUGUAGUUUCGUGUUCAAUUAUUCUGUUUUAAAAUGUCACAAAAACGACAAAGUGAAAUAAACUUUUUUUUUAAAAAGUUGAAAACAAGUGACGAAAAUAAUCCAUCUCCAAGUGAAGGUAUAGAAAAUGUAAGCGUGUUACCAACAGAGUCAGAGCCAGCUACAUUUUCUGAUUGGUGUGAAGUCGAUUCUAACAGUCAAUAUGAUAUCGCAUUUGCUAUUGAAGAAAAUGCAAAUCUAAAAAUUCGAAACGAUCCAAAUAUGCUUUACAAAUAUUUAAAAGAAACGUGGUCACCUAAACAAAAUUAUAUUUUCCCUGUUUAUGAAUGUACUGGUGAAAAUUUAGCAAAUACAAUCGUCCAAAAAUUAAAAGAAAUUGGUUUAAGUUUGGAAUUUUUACGAGGGCAGGGAUAUGAUGGUGGAGCAAAUAUGUCUGGUAAAUACCGCGGAAUUCAAGCUAGAAUCUUAAAUUUGCAACCAAAGGCAAUAUACACUCAUUGUGAAUCGCACCGCCUAAAUCUAACUUUAAUAAAAGCAUGUAAUGUAUUAUCUAUAAAAAAAUUAUUUUCUACAGUCAAAGAAGUAUCUAACUAUUAUCUAUGGUUUUACAGGUAGAGACAUGAU